CAGAACCGGAUGUGGACGGGGUGGAUCGUCUCUGUGGCCGGCAUGGUAUAUAAAGGUUUGAACUGACAUCAGCUUGGCCUCUGCGAACUAAACAUCACGGUUUGAAAGGAGUCGGUCAGUUUCGGGACUUUCGGAUGUACAGCGGCUCCCCUGAAAGGAUUCAACGCACACGAGUGAAAUAUACAAGUGUGGAGUUUAACAUGGUGCAGCUGUCUCCUUCCCCUACCCUGGAUGUCACCCCUCCACCUGAGAGCUCAGAGGAGGGGGAGGAAAGACGAGAGGAUCUGGUGAUGCCUUAUAGCCCGACGGUGGACUCGCCCAUUGGUCUGAGUGGUCUGCAGCUCAGCCUGGAGGCCUCCACCGUCUACCAUGACUAUGACACCUACAUAGAAGAUGGUCUCAUCUGCCUCAAACACAAAGUCCGCAAUUUGGAGAAAAAGAAGCUGAAACUUCAAGACUACAAGAAAAGGCUGAACUGGGGCAAGGAACUUAACAAGGAUCAGUUGGCGGCGGUGGCGAAGUAUGAGGAGGUGGUUCAUAACAUUGCAUUUGCACAGGAGCUGCACAAAACCCUGGAUGUCUUGACUCAGACUUUGCUGAGAGCCCAGAAGAAUGCAGUAAAGAAGGAACAGAUGGCGACUGUGGAGACAGAAAGGAGGCGUCUGACCACUGUGCUGCAGGUCCAGCACCUCCUCAAUGGCAUGCAGCAGGAGCACGUCCAGAAGGACCUGCUGGCUGGACACAACCAGGCUCCCCAAAUCUCAGCCAAUCGGCUGCAUUGCCUAAACCAGCUUGCCACCCAGCUUGGUGUCAGGAGGGAUAACAGACUGAGCUUAGAUGAGCAGAUGGAGAAAGCAGCUCUGGCCUACUUGGACUUGCUAGAGGGGAAUAACAAGCUGGUGGCUGGUUCUACAUUUAAACUGUUCAAAGAAGAGCUCACCAGGCUGUUGAACUGCAAGUACUUCAGUUGUCUUCCACCUCCACCCAAAACGUCUCCAGAGGUGUUACUGAAGUCAAAAAUCCACAGCACCACAUCAAAAUCAAAUGACGUUUCUAAGGAGUUUAUCAACAGACUGUACCUGACUGAUAUGGAGACUCCUCCUGUGCAGAACUGUAACAGGGACUUCCAGACCAUGAGGGAGCAGGAGCCUCCUGACCGCUGGGAUAUGGAGUUCUCAGAUGGACCCGCCUCACCCCAAGCUGCAGUUCACAAACCUUGGAGAAAAGCUGCCACUUUUAUCACCAAAGGCCCAGUCGCCACCAAGAAACAAUCUGCAGGCUGCAAACAGAGAAAAGAGAGGAGAGCCAAAGGAGCGCUACAUGCCAAGUUGGCAGUUCACAUGGAUAUGGAUAUGGAUGUGGAGGUUUUCAACUCCCCAUAUGCCUUACCAAAAGACCCUUUCCUGAGGAAGCAGCACCUAGAAGACCUCAUAACAAAGAUCCACGGCUCCUUCAGUUUUAUGCAGGACUCUCUUCUGGAUGGUGAUCUCUCCCCCACUAAUGGCCACCCUAGACUGAUCAGACUGCCUUCUGGAUCUCCUCUAGGUCACACAGGCUUGGGAAACCCGGGUGAUGUCCUGCCCAAAGCAAUGCAUUCCACCCCACUGCCUACCAGGCUUAUGGAGCGCAAAGCCAGUCUGACAAAUGGGGAUCGGUGCCUGGAGACCUGUGACCUGAAGCUUUCUUCAAAAGACCUACCUCAUGAGCCACUGCAGUUGGCUGAAAGAGAGAAGUUUCCUUCACCACCGCUGUACCACAGGGAGUCGUCCAUCUCUGUCAGUCUGGAGAAGAGCAAUCCUUGUACUCCAAAGUCAAGGAAGCAGUCCCCCUGCAAUGGGGUGGCAUCUUGCACUUCCACCCUACCUCAGGGACAGAUUUUCUCUACACCCCCCACCAGGCGAACUCUGACUUCUGCACAGUUUCAGAACAUCCAGUCGGUCUUCAAGGUGAAUACCUUCUUACCUCAGAAUGGGGAAUUGAACUACAAACCAGAUUCUGCAGUUUAUGAUGAUCCCAGGUACAGCACUGCCAGUACCCAAACACCACCUGAGUUUGCUCCCCCAGAAGACGAACCACAACCCGCGUACCAGUCGGAUUAUACUACAGAGGGUGAUGGUGGACAGAUUUUCCUGUCCCCUGGCCAGUCAGGUGGAAGUAUGGGUCGUCCCGGCCAGUCGCACUUCACCAGAGGAUCUAUAAGAGGUGGAUCCUACAUCCCCCAGACUCAUCUAAGGGACACUGGUCCUCUCCUCUAUGCUGCUAGAGAUUCUGGAUACCAACACAGCUAUAGACGUGGAGGAGGGAGGCUUAACUCGAGUGCCUGGAGUGACUCUUCCCAGGUGAGCACCCCAGACCGGGAGGGAGCGUUUACAAUUGUGGACUCAGGUCAUGGGGAUUCCCUGUCUGUCUCCACCUUGGAGGUCCCCCUCACUCCCCACGGCCACCAUCAUGCUCUGCUUCCCAUGCAACUGUACCCACUCUCCCAGCCGCUGCGAGUGGCCUUCAAUGCCUCUCGCACUGCGAACUUUGCCCCGGGAAACCUGGACCAACCCAUCGUGUUUGACGAGCUGCACAGCAACCUAGGAGAGAUGUACGACACCCACAUUGGCCGCUUCACCUCUCCUGUCAAUGGAACCUAUGUCUUCAUCUUCCACAUCCUGAAGCUUGCCAUCAAUGUGCCCCUCUAUAUUAACCUCAUGCGCAACGAAGAGGUGAUGGUUUCUGCAUAUGCCAAUGAUGGAGCCCCAGAUCAUGAGACGGCCAGCAACCACGCCAUCUUACAGCUCUUCCAAGGAGACCAGGUGUGGCUCCGUUUGCAUCGUGGGGCCAUCUAUGGCAGCACCUGGAAGUACAGCACCUUCUCUGGCUUCCUGCUGUACCAGGAUUGAGCUUUGUUGAACAAACGUCAAUUCUUCCAUUGUGUGGGCUGUUUACUUUGUUCUAAAUGGUGAUUAAACUGACAUUUCAGUAUAUUGGUCAGGCUGAAUGCCAAUGGCCUUUUUUUCUCACCAUGAAGCCCAUUAAGGUUAGUUUGUAGCCAAAUGGUAUGAGCUGUGCUCACAGCCAUUAUCUACAUUUGAAAUGGGGAUUGUGACUUCUUUACAUUAACCAAAUAUACUUGAUUCCCCAUGAAUGUACUAGUAUGAGAGCCACAGGGAACGCCACCAUAAUGAACAACUGAGAACAUGUUAUCUUGCUGAAAAUAAACCUGUAGCAUAUCACCUAUUCAGGUCACUGAUUUCAAUGAGAACUCUAAUGCAAUGUUAUGAAUGUGUGCCUUGGUUUCUGAAUGGCUUUGGAUGACUGAUCAGAUGUUAAAUGGCUAAUUAAUUUAAUCAUUGGCUGAUUUAUCCAAUUAAUUCUAAUCUACUCUGCUAUCCGCACUUUGCUUGUUGCUGGGCUCCUGUGUUCAGUCUUACCUUACUGUAUGUGUCAUGUGAAGCUGAGGAAGGAAAGCUUGUGUUCUUGGUGGUGGGUAUGGUGUUUUAACACUUAAGGCCAAAUUGGUCCACUAACUGAUUGGUGUGGAGAGAUGAAGUGGUCCUUUUGAUGUGUCUAAAUAAAAGAUCAGCAGUGAUGUUUUGGUGCUUAA